AUGGGGGUGGCCUUUGCUUCACAGAUGCGGAGUCCUUUGCAGGACUGGGACCCCGGGCAGGAUAAUCUCAAACCGUUAACAUCCAGUCUAAGUGCAGGUCUGAUCAGAGGGCUGGGUGCAGGCACAUUGGCCCUGUUGCCCUAUGAGGAGACCGUGGGAUUGGGGUUGCAGAAAUUCCACAAGCCUCUUGCCACCUUUGUGAACCACAUGACACAGAUCCGGCAGGACCGGAGACAACUGGGAAUUGCCUCAGUGGUUUGGGAUGUGGCCAUGGUUCUCUCCACACAUCUGGAGAUGGGAGCUGUGGAGCUCUUGGGCUGCCCCGCAGUGAAACUGGGUGCUGGCUUAGGGCUGAUGGGCAUAGUGGCUGCCCUGCUGGGUGCUCAUGUGAGUAUCACAGAUCAAAAAGUAGCAUUAGAGUUUUGUAAAUCAAAUGUUCAAGGCAGUUUACCUCCUUGUAUCCAGCCCAGAGCUUUUGUUAAGGAGCUGACUUGGGGAAAGAAUUUGGGGAGUUUUUCUCCUAGAGAUUUUGACCUGAUACUUGGAGCCGAUAUCAUAUAUUUAGAAGAAACAUUCACAGAUCUUCUUCAAACACUGUACCAUCUCUGUAGCAAUCACUCCAUGAUUCUUUUACCUUGCUGAAUUCACGAUGAACGGAGUAACUUUUGAGCAAUGCUGGAGAGGCAGUUUAAGGUUCACUAUGAUACUGAGAAAGAUGUACUUAUGUAUACAGAAGAGAAGCCACAGCAGGGACCUACAGUUGGCUAUCAUUUGUAAGAAUGCUGUCAUUGAGGGUGUUGAUUAAGGUCUUGGAGACAAAACACACGUGCAGUUUUAAAACAAAGCAGUGCUUUAUGCCAUCGCUGUGAUUUAUUUAUUUAUUUAUUUAUUUAUUUUUUGAGAGGAGUCUCUGUCGCCUAGCCUGGAGUGCAGUGGUGUGAUCUUGGCUCACUGCAGCCUCUGCCUCCUGGGUUCAAGUGAUUCUCCUGCCUCAGCUUCCCAAGUAGCUGGGACUACAGGCCCAGGCAACCACGCCUGGCUAAGUUUCGUAUUUUUA